AUGGCUACAACUACAAGUUCUGCUCAACACUUUAUUGAGUGUGAACACUGUGAAGAAAAUCCGUCAAAAUUUUUGUGCAAAACUUGUUCUGGUCAUAUGUGUGAAAUGUGCAAGACAGACCACGAGAUGAGGAAAUUCACCAGACAUCACGAAAAAACAGAACUGACUUCAGAUAAGGAAUAUACAACAGAACGUCCACAUUGUUUUCUCCACAUCACAAAAAAGCUAGAAUGUUAUUGCUCUUCCUGCCAAAAGCCUAUAUGCACCCAGUGUCUAAUUGAAACACAUAAUGGUCAUAAAGUAGAGAAUCUGGAAGAAACGUACGAGAAGAUUAGGAGAGAUCUUCAAAUGGAGAAGGAGGAAAUAGAAACAGUACUUAUGCCAAAAUAUCGGGAUUUGUUGUCGAAGGAAGAAGCCAAGACUUCAGAUGUAUCAAAGAGAGCAGACCAAGGUCGGAAGCAAAUUGAGGAUCACACAGAAAAGUUAAAAACAAGAUUUUUAAUGUUCCAAGAAGAAAGUGUUGAGGAUUAUCGUCCUGGUGAUGUGGAUCAAAUUUUGAGCGAAAAACAAUUUGGCGAUUCUCCUAAUUUUCACUCAAAAGAAGAUAUAAAGGAGAUGAAGAGAAAGAGACAAGAGACGCCGGUUAUGUGCUGUGAAGAGUACCCUGAAAUUGAAGACUUUCACAGAUCACUCUUCUUAGAAGGUGAAGAUAAAGAUUAA